GGUCAUUGGCUCAAGCUGGUUAACAACAUGACUGCGUUAAAGUUUUGUGCGAAUAUUUCCUGGCUGUUUACUGAGCAUACAGACUUCAGCAAGAGAAUCUAUGCGGCUGCUUCUGUCGGGUUUCAAGCCGUGGAAGCAGGUUGGCUUUACGAUUCGGACCUGUCAGAGCUCCAGAAAGCCAAGGAGGCAACUAGAGUGGAAGUCGUCCUUAUCAACACGCCACCAGGGGAUAUCAAGGCAGGCGAUCUCGGUUUGGGAGCAGUUCCAGGGAGAGAGCUGGAGUUUAGAGAAGGGUUGGAUCUUACUCUGAAGUAUGCAAAAGCUUUGAACUGCAAGAGAAUUCACCUAAUGGCAGGAAGGAUUCCAGUGGAUGCUCACAGAGCAGCAGUUGCAAGAGAAAUGGAGGAUGUCUUUGUGCAGAACCUAAACUAUGCAGCUGAUGUCUUGGCCAAGGAAGGAAUCACUGGAUUGAUUGAGCCAAUCAACACAAGAAUUACAGACCCUCGCUACUUUCUGGACUCCCCUCAUCAAGCUGCAGCAAUACUGGGGAAGGUUGGCAAGCCCAACAUCCAGCUACAGAUGGACAUAUUUCACUGGCAAAUUAUGGAUGGAAAUCUGACAAAAAACAUGCACAAAUAUUUUCCCAUAAUAGGCCAUGUUCAGAUUGCACAGGUUCCAGCCAGGAAUGAACCUGACAGCAAUGGAGAGUUGUGUUACAGAUACUUAUUAAACACACUGGAGAAGCUUGGUUAUCAAGGAUACAUUGGCUGUGAAUACAAGCCACUUGACUCCACAGAAAAGAGUCUGGGGUGGAUCCAACAAUACUGGGCCCAAUAUUCUUGAACUUUUCUGAAAGUUCAGUGGCCUUUUAUUUGUCCUUAAAGCUGUAGUAUGUAACUUCAGAAAAAAAAGUUUUUAAUAUAUUUUUUAUAGUCUUGUAAUGGUGACUGCUGGAGAUAGGCACCAGCGCACCUCCUGACCCCACCAGUGAUAAGUGUGUAUGAUAAUGGAUGGGUAAUUAUUACUCAUUUGUUAUACAUGAGUUGAUUGACAACGAUAAGACUACUAGUGGCUCUGAUUGGUUGUUAUUGACCAAGAGCUGUGCUUUUCUGCAAAUGGGAGUAGUAGCGCAAGGAAAUGGUGGAGGUGCUCAAUCUUUUCACAGACUAUGAUCAUCAGGUUACCUGUCUCAAACUCAUGAUACUGUAACAGUUUGAACAACAAAUAAACAUAUUUUAGCUAAAGUUACAUACUGCAGCUUUUAAGUGUUCUUUAUGAAAACCUUCUGGAGCCUUCCAGUGCAGCGGAGGGCCAAACUCCUGCAACAUGAGGAUUCUACAUUCUGCUAGUGAAUAUAUGAUAAUUUCUAUUUUUACUGCAUAUUAAGAUAAUACUUGGGUGUUAUUUUAACACAUUUAGCCCCUUGUAAAAAUGUAUUUGAUCUUCCCUCCUUCUUUUGCUAACAUGUAAUUUUGUUUUUAAAUAAAAGAUUCACACUUAUGUGUAAACAAUCAAUUUGGACAAAUUUGGGGAUGUAAUCAACCUUGGAAUGUUUAUUUUGUAUCUUGGUCAUUUUUCUGCCUAAAAUCCUGACCUGCUUGAUCUGACAAGCAGGUUUUAAAAAAGAUAAGUGGAAAAGUGGAUAAAGCACAGAAACAUCAGCAACUCAAUUGGUCAACCAAAUGUUGAUGCUAAUGUUGACGUUACUGAUGUAGUAAUGAUGUAUAAAACAAUUUUUAUGGUACAAUUUUUAUACCAUGUAUAAAACAAUUGAAAAGCACAUAAUUAAAGAAUAAAAGUAUUGUAACUGAGUAACUCAAUAGUACAGGUCAAAAGGCAUGUUUUAACAUUUUCUCUUACAGAAGGGAGCAACUAGGAUUACACAUAGUUAAAUUAAUGAAUCUUAAUGAAUUUUUAUUUUACAGAAAUAUACAGUACUUGUAUGUAAUCAAACUGUGGCUAAAGUUAUGUGAUUCCUUAUAUGUUGGAUCAGACAUGCUAGUGAUUAAAUAUUUAAAAGGUUUUAAUUAAAUGAGUUGUGAUUUUUGACAAUGAUUCUGAAGAGAAUAUAAAGUACAUAACCUGUGAAGUAUGAUGGGGUGUUGAGUAACCUGAGAACGUGUGAGAUCAUUCCAUAUUUUAAUGCAGAGAUUAUUGACUAAUGAUGGCUACAUUGAGAUAAUUCAAACUCAUCUGAAAGCCUGGAAUUGAAGCCUGUGUUAAACUGAUGAACUAAUUGUUCUUUUACAGAAGUAGUCAAUAACUACUGAAGAAUAAGAUGAUUAAGAAUGUGCAAUGAUUUUCAUGUAUCUGUAAUAAUGCUGCAUUAUUGAGAAUUGAUGAUUGAGAAUUAAUUAUGAACAGAUUAGGAAAAGGUUUGACUGGGUAAGCAGAGGCCUCACGGUCUGCAUGUUGAAUUGUGUCCGAAAUGGACAAAGGUUUUCAAACCCAAGAAGUAACUUCUUUGGGCUGUAAAGCUGAAAUGGAUUAAAAGCUGACCAUUAAACAUCAGUGAAUGAAGGGAUGUGGCAGAAGGAAAAUCCCAGCUGCUGCAAAGAUGCAGAAUAAGGGUAGAAUGUUGAAUUCUGGCAGAUAUCGAGGCAAGCUCAAGACUUUUACAAGAACCAUGCAGCAGAAGAAGAGGACCGCAGCCACGGCUGCAAGGACUUUGCUUUGUGUAAGGCAGGAGGAUCAAACUCAUUUUCAUUUUAGGCCAAAUGUCUGAAUGUUCUUAAAGGGCCAGAUAUGCCAGAAUGUACUGAUAAAACCAAUUAAACUGUUAAAAUAUUAAUAAUAGUUGUUUGUUUCAGCAUUCAAUAAGUGUUUCUUAAAAUUAAAUAAUCGCUGAUCUGUCCCUCCA